UGAGACUUCUGUCAAAAUAUUGUUCGGCUCUCUCUCUCUCUCUCUCUGUUUCUCUCUCUCUCUCUCUCGGACUCUGAGAUUUUAUUCGAAAUGGAAGACGAUAAAACCCUAAUCAAACAACAGCAACAAGAACCACAGGGGGAGCUCCAAGACGAGGAAUUUCGAAAAGAGUUUGAAUGCUGCAUUUGCCUGGAUCUUCUUUACAAGCCAGUUGUAUUAGGUUGUGGCCACAUUUCGUGUUUCUGGUGUGUCUUUAAGACCAUGAGUGCUUUUCAUGAGUCUUAUUGUCCCGUUUGUCGGCACCCAUUUAAUCAUUUUCCAAGUAUCUGUCAGUUGAUGCAUUUCUUGCUCCAGAAGUUGUAUCCUGAAGCAUAUGAGAGAAGGGGAAAACAAGUGGAAGAAGAAGAAAAGGAAGUUGGUUAUUUCUCACCUCAAUUUGAUAAUCCACUAUCUGGGUCACAUCGUAUUGAGGAGUCAAAUAUUCUGGGCAAUGUUCACUCAAAGAACUUGGAAAGUUGUUCUUCUGGGGUAGUACAAUCUUCCUCACUUGUAAAUACUUCAGGAACUAUGUUAGAUUAUGAAGUUAAUAUUACAAGCCCUGCAACAUCUCCAAAGAACGUUGAAGCUACUGGAAAUGCAGCCAUCCAAGAGGACUGUACGCGUGAUAUUGAUAUUGGAAAUGGAACUCACCAGAAGGUUUCUGUUUCUGAUCUGCUGUGUGCUGCAUGCGAGAACCUGCUCUUUCAACCUGUUGUUCUCAAUUGCGGUCAUGUAUUUUGUGAGUCCUGUAUCAACAUUCCAGCUGAUGGAAUUUCUAGGUGUCAGAUUUGUCAAAGCAUGCAUCCAAAGGGAUUCCCUAGUGUUUGCAAAAUUUUAGAGCAUUUCUUGGAGGAGCAAUACCCUGAAGUUUAUUUGCAACGACGAGUAACUUCAAUAAAAUUGCGUGAUCAUCAACGUGCUGGCCAGUCAUCGUCGACACUUUCUGAUGAUUACUUAUCUUGCUGUGCUGGGCAGAAAGUUCAUUACGGAGUUGGUUGUGAUUGCUGUGGGAUAUGUCCAAUUAUUGGGGAGAGGUACAGAUGCAAAGACUGCGUGGAGAAAAUAGGUUUUGACCUAUGUGGAGCAUGCAACAAUGCGCCUUUUAAUAUCACCGGUCGAUUUAAUCAGCAACAUAAACCAGAACACAAGCUUGAGCUUGUACCUCCAGGUGUUCUCUAUCGGAUUGAUGACGAUGGUGCCCUGUUUCAGGAAGACCUAGGAAUCGUCACUGCUGCUCCCAUUCCAGAAGAUCCAGAAAAUGGCCCUAGCGAUGUGCAAAAUGUUUCUCCUGCUUUUGUAUUCUCAGCUGAUAGCUCAGUAGAUCCGCAUGAUGAUUUGGAUGGCAGUGCUUUAUCAGACUCAAUGCAAGAAUGACAAGGUACCAACCAGCCUACAAUCUACUCAUAUUCAAAUUCCUGUCAAAUACAUUUACCCGAAAACAACAAAUCAUGUGUCAAGGUUUUUAUGGUUUGAUUUGUUGAAUGAGAAUUCCCUGAUUUGAAAUUGUUUCCGCAUGUUAAUAAUAUAUAUUUUACCGCUAAAUUCAGCACA